GUAUAAUGAAUUGAAUGUUAUUUUGAAUAAGAAUGAGAAUCGACGACAUAAAAUUUAUUCUUUGUUGGACCAUGAUUGUUCGUCAAUAUGUGAUACAAUGUAAUGUUGCUUAUAUAACCUACUGUCCAUGCAUGGGUCGGCUUGGAAACCAGAUAGAACAGUUCCUAGGUAUGAUUGCAUUUGCAAUUAAACUAAACCGUACUCUUGUUUUGCCUCCAUGGAACAUUAUGUCAUCUUUGCAGACUAAUUUUGUGCCUUUUGGAAACUUAUUUAACAUCACUACACUUCUACCAGUUCAUCAGUUUGUUUCACUGGAGAGUUUUAUGUUGAAUGAAGCUCCUGUCAUCUGGCCAGCAGCUAAACGUACAGCGUUAUGCUUUCGACCUAGAUCGGGUCCUUUAUUUAAUGAUUGUAAUGCUAAAAACGGGAAUCCUUUCAAAGAAUUUUGGGAUAAAUUUAAUGUCAGUUUCACAGGUUCUAGUUUCUAUUUUCCUCUAAGUACAGAUGAUCCUAAAGAGAAGUGGGAUCAGUUAUUUCCUUCAGAAACUUACCCAGUUCUUGCAUUCAUUGGACCGCCUUCGUCUUUCCCUGUUCGUCCUGAAAACCGUGUAUUCCAUCGUUAUUUAGAAUGGAAUAGUCAUAUUAAUCUAGUCACCGAGAAUUUUAUAAAUCGAUGGUUAAAUAAACCUGUAGUUGGAGUUCAUUUACGUAAUGGAGAGGAUUUUUCAAAUGCUUGCUCACAUUUAAAAAGUGGUUUACGUAUCUUGUUCUCAAGCGCUCAGUGCCAUGGUGAUUUUAAUGAACUUCCUCCUUACAAAGUAACAGAAGAUAUGUGCAUCCCCUCAAAAGAAUUAGUUCUUCAUACAAUUUCGUACGGUGUUCGUUUAAUUAAAGCAAAAACUAUAUAUGUAUCUACUGAUAAUGAUCCUAUGUUGUCAUUAAUUCGCCGUCACUUUAGUGAUACAACUGUAAAACGUGUUGUGUGGGAACCUAAUCGAAAACCUGAAGAAGAUUUGGCAUUGUUAGGUAGAAUCGAUUUAGCUAUCCUCAAUUGUGUGUCAACUUACUCCGCUGCGGUGAAACGUGAACGGGAUGCAAAUAAUUUACCCAGUAUGUUUUUCGGAUUAACUAUUGAAAAUCAAAGAGGAUUGGAAGUAUUGUGCAAUUCGACAAAUAAAGCUGUCAACUACUGGUGGUUGAAACUGUACCAAAAAUAAGUUCUUAGUGUAUCAUAAAUAUCACCACGAUUGUAAAGCUCAAUUGUCCAGGUUAGGGAAUUGUGGGUUCGUCAACGUCGCAGUUUGUACGAGGUGCCAUUUCUAAACAGAAUGUAACAGUAGUAGACUCAUAGUACAGUACUAAAACAAACCCACUUGUUAACUUAUUGGUAUAUCUACAUGAAUGUUCUAUCACAUAUUUUGGCGAACUGUAUUUAUUUAAUAACUGAAACAGUAGUAUAUUAUCUGUAAACC